AUGUCUUCACGCAGCGCCGUUUACAAUGGCUCUAGGGACGAUUCCACCCGGGGCGCUCAAACUGCCACCUUCCGCGCUAUCCCGAACAACCCGACUUACAAUAUAGAUCGUUUUGUAGGCGGCAACGGUCAAUCCUCACGCGCCCCUUUGGGGUUUAGUCAGAAAAAGGCAGAAACAACAGCCAUAGCACAAUCGCAAGCGCGUGCAUCUGCCGUGAUACAUACCUUCGAUACGCAGUUCAACCCAGGUUACAAACCACCGCAUCAAUAG